UCCGCGAGCGCGGCUCAGACUCGCCUGGAGCGCGGCAGGCAGGCGGGCAGGCGCGCGGCUCCGCUCCACGCCGUCCCUGCUCUGUUCAUUCAUGAUUGGUACUCGGCCCCCCGAGACCCAGCCCGAGCGCCGGGAGGGGAGCGGAGCGUGCGGCAGGAGGGGCGGGCGAGCGCGGCUCCCGCACCGCACGCGGCGCCGGCUCGGGAGCUUCGGCCGCGCGGGAGCGCCGGCCGGGUGUCCAGCGCCAGACAGGCUUCGUCGUCCUCCACCCUCGGCGAGGGGAGCGGCCGGGCUCGGGUCCGGAGGCUCGCGAGGAGCCGCUGGCCCUGUGAGUCAGUGCCUGUGCGGGGCUGAAGAAGGAAAGGAGAGGCUCCCAGCGCCCCAGCCCCACACUCGCUGAAUACCAAGCUGCAGCGAGCUGCCGGGUGCUUUUUUUUUUUUUUAAUCUCCUCCGAUUCGGAGUAGAAGAUCCACACUGCUUUCCUUCCAGGGGAGGGGAGGGGCAGGGCCCGAGGUCCCAAGUCGCACACAAGUCUUCGCUGCCAUGGGGGCCGUCAUGGGCACCUUCUCCUCUCUGCAAACCAAACAAAGACGACCCUCGAAAGAUAAGAUUGAAGAUGAGCUGGAGAUGACCAUGGUUUGCCAUCGGCCUGAGGGGCUGGAGCAGCUGGAGGCACAGACUAACUUCACCAAGAGGGAGCUGCAAGUCCUUUACCGAGGUUUCAAAAAUGAGUGCCCCAGCGGUGUGGUCAAUGAAGAGACGUUCAAGCAGAUCUAUGCUCAGUUUUUCCCUCAUGGAGAUGCCAGCAUGUAUGCCCAUUACCUCUUCCAUGCCUUCGACACCACGCAGACAGGCUCCGUGAAGUUUGAGGACUUUGUAACCGCUCUGUCAAUUUUACUGAGAGGAACCGUCCAUGAGAAACUAAGAUGGACUUUUAAUUUGUAUGACAUCAAUAAAGAUGGAUACAUAAACAAAGAGGAGAUGAUGGACAUUGUCAAAGCCAUCUAUGACAUGAUGGGGAAAUACACAUAUCCUGUGCUUAAAGAAGACACUCCAAGGCAGCACGUGGACAUCUUCUUCCAGAAAAUGGACAAAAAUAAAGAUGGCAUCGUGACUUUAGAUGAAUUUCUUGAAUCCUGUCAGGAGGAUGACAACAUCAUGAGGUCCCUCCAGCUGUUCCAAAAUGUCAUGUAACUGUGAACGCAGCCAUCUGGCUCUCAGAGACGUACUAAACAGCCAACUGAGCACCUUGAUUGGUCCUCCUGCUGAUUUUACACACUAACUCUUGGGACGGAAACACCUUUUACACUUUGGAAGAAUUCUCUAUGUAGACACGCUAUGGAACCCAGGACCAUGUGGCUCAGUCUCUGAUUGCCAGCUCUUCCUCCUCCCUCUUCUCGAGAGAGACAAGAUGAAGUCGGGUUUCUUUUGGAAGCAUGCUCAUCUCUUCACACUGCUGCCCUGUGGAAGGUCCCUCUGCUUGAGCUUAAACAGUAGUGCACACUUUUCUGCUUGCGUGUCCCAGGCCACUGCCUCCAAGUCCAGCAGACCUUGAUGUAUCUGGAAGCAAGAUGACCUGAGCCAAACACGCACCAUCCUCUGGCCUCCCAAACCAAUGUGCCUGUUUCCCUUUCUUUGGUGGGAAGAAUGAGUGUUAUACAGCACAGUCAGAAUCUACCAUAACUAGAUCGGGAGAGCCAGCACCUAACAUAUGUAGGAUAGGACUGAACUAUUAAGCACGGCAUUCUCUGAUGACCCAAACUGCCCAUGUGCUCCGUUUCCAGAGACAAGGACAGUAGUGCCCUCUCAUGCUAGCAUCCGCGCUACUGGCGCAGGAAGGGAGCCUGUGCCCAGUGACCCAUGCCCCACUCCAUCUCCUGCCUGAGUCCAGCACUGCAUGACCCCCCCCAGAAAGCCCAGGAUGCCUGCAAAUCGCUGUGAUUUUAUACCAUCUUCUAAUCAAUAAACAGAACUAUUUCUUACACUCU